GCGCACAGUCACAACUUACACACAUCAGCAUGCGCGUCGCUCUGCUCCUAAUAACCCUGAGCGCAGCCUCAGCCGCGCCCAACUCGUGGCCCUUGGUCCCGUCAUUAGACAACUUCCUUAAAGAACAAGGUGAUAAUGUAGUAUCUUGGUACAACGAUGCCACCAACAUGAAAGGCUCCGUCGAAAACUACGUCGAGGAACAACAGCAGAUGAUCAAGGACAAGUUUAGCGACUAUGUCGAUGACAUUCAAGAGAACGGAAGACACCUCGUGGACUCUACCUACAGUACAAGGGAAACUUCCCUAUUGGACAACCCCGACAUAGUUCUAUCUGUGCCAGGAAUAAUCACCAGACACGGAUACAUAUGUGAGACACACACCGUCAUUUCUCAAGGGUAUGUUCUCAAUGUGCACAGAAUUCCACGGUCCAGGAGCCAUUCAGAUGUGUCAUCGAAGACGGUUCUCCUUCAACAUGGUUUAUUUGCAAGUUCUGCUGAUUGGAUUAUGAACGGUCCUGGCAAAGGACUGGCCUACGUUCUAGCCGAUGCCGGCUACGAUGUUUGGAUGACUAAUAUCAGAGGGAACCGGUAUUCAAAGGAUCAUGUUUGGUACAAGACGAAUUCAGAAGAAUAUUGGGACUUCUCUUGGCACGAAGUUGCAUUGUAUGAUGUUCCAGCGGUUAUAGAUUACAUCAUGGAAAUUAAAGGCACCGACACGAAGAUCAGCUACAUUGGCCACUCAAUGGGAACUACAAUUCUUUUUGCAAUGUUGACCUUGAGGCCGGAAUAUAAUAAUAUCUUGACGGCUGGUUUCGCGCUAGCUCCAGUGGUGUAUCUGUCUGAUAUGAAGUCACCGCUGAAGUCUAUGGCACCAAUUGCCAGUAACUUGGCCUACCUAGACUCACUGCAAGGUACCUACGAGUUUAUUCCUAAAAACUCAGCGCUCGGUCAGAUCUCUAGCACGUGUAGCGGAGAGAACAUGGAUUCUUUGAUCUGCAAGAAUAUAGUGUUCUACUUGUGUGGUUUUAAUGAGAAGCAGUUCAACAACACCUUGCUUCCUGUUUUUCUGUCACAUCUUGGAACAGGAACAUCUUGGAAGACAGCGGUGCACUUCUCGCAAGAAAUACUUUCUGGUAAAUUCGCGCAGUUUGACUAUGGGUACUGGAAAAACUGGAGAGUUUAUGGAACUAGCUCGCCCCCUAAUUAUGACCUGAAUAAGGUAACUCUUCCAAUCAAGUUGUUUUGGUCUAAAAACGAUUUGCUAUCAAGUGAGAGGGAUGUGCGGGCACUCUAUGACAAGUUGCCCGUGAAGCCUGACAUGUUCCUGGUUCCUGAUGAGAAGUUCAACCAUUUAGACUAUUUGUGGGCGAUUGACGCUCCCAGACUACUGAAUAAUGAGAUUCUAAGCUCUCUAGAAACACACAUGCCAGACUAUUCGUUUACUGUAAGGUUUUGAAG